CAAUAUUAAUUGAAGGAGAGCGGUUCGUUAAGAAGAUGAAUAAAACGCGCAGGAUCCUCGUCGUGAUCCUUAUCCUUAUUCUAACGAUAUCGGAUAGUAGGGCCAAUGGUGGAGAUAUACCCUUAGGAUGCGACGAAUACGAUUCCAUGGGAUUUAUGGACGUGAACGAGGCUUUUUGCACAGUCACCGGAUUCACGGUCACUCAUAGUCAGAAUAUCGUGAUCAAAAAUAUACCCCCCGGCAAUAUGGUCAAGUUCAUGAAGUUCUACGAAUCGACGCUGUUAUAUAUGCCCUUCCAUCUGUUCGAAACGUUUCCGUAUCUGAAGACCCUGGACGUCUCGAAUACGAAUAUUUUGGAGCUCACCAGGAAUGCCUUCAGUGCGGCCAGCAAUCUGACCUAUUUGAAUCUGGCCUACAACAAUCUGACCUCCAUUCAGACCUCUGUUUUCAUUGGAGCCAAUGUCCUGAUGCGUUUGGAUCUGUCCUACAACCAAAUUUCUACGCUGAGCGUGAAUGCUUUCUGUGGCCUGCAUGCCAUAAGUCAGAUUUUUCUCACCGGCAAUCUGUUGAAGGAGCUGGACAGCGACAUUUUCAAGGAUAAUAUGUACUUGGAGAAAGUAUCCUUCGAGGGAAAUCUACUGACCAGCAUUCAACCGGAGAUUUUCCGCAAUAUGCGGCGCAUCAAGGAGGUGAAUUUGUGCAACAACCAACUGGUUUCCAUCCAUCCGGAUACUUUUGCCGAUGCUGCUAGCUUGGAGAAUCUAGUGUUGUCAUACAAUGAGUUGAAAAGUUUCCAGUUGACGGAGAAAAAUAUAGUGCAUCAGCUGCACUUGGAUAAUAACAAUCUGACGAGUUUGACCAUUAAUGCAACGCGAUUUGUUCGCGCCAGUCACAAUCAGAUUUCGGAGCUUUAUCUUUACCAGAGCUUGCAUAUCGAAACGUUGGAUUUGAGUGCCAACAGAUUGACCAGCAUAUCCAACAUCACAAAUAUCACUUACUUGCUAUAUCUGGAUGUGUCGUAUAAUCCCAUUGGUCCACUCAAUAUCAGCACAUUUUCGCAGCUAAAGAGACUUAGGGGAUUGAAUCUGCGAGGAACUGGCAUUCGAGAGCUCAAGUUUGGAAUGUUUUCGAAGCAAAAGUACUUGGAGGAACUGGAUCUAUCGUUCAACAACUUGACCAGCCUCAAUCUGGAUAUGUUUGUGCCGUAUUUGACUAAUCUGAAAAAGUUCCUGAUUGACGGCAAUGGAAUGACUGAGCUGCGAGGAAAUCGUACCUUUUCGGACGCCUUUCCCCAGCUUCAGAAAUUGGGAGUUUCGAGGAACCGCUUCAAUUGCUCCUAUCUGCACCACCUGCUCAUUUCGCCCUCGCUGGCAGAAUCGGUGGUGCUGAAUAUCGAACCGGACAGCAAUCUGGAGGAGACUCCACACAUCCGAGAUGUAUCCUGCAUCAGUCAAUCCCAACUGACGUUAAAUGCCUCCUUCAGCGCCAAGGAGUCCUUUCUGGAGACCCAGAGCCAGAUGUUGACGAGGCAGCUGGAUAUACUCGGAUCGCAUUCGAAGAAUCUGGAACUUCAUCUGGCAUUUAUGCAGGUGUUCGCCUACAUAGUGGGCGGUCUGGUACUGGUGGGCGUGGUGGCGCUUGUAGCGCUCAGGUAUCUGAAAAAUGGUCGAUCUGGUCGAUUCGAUCGCAGCAGCAUUGUCUUUCACUCUAAUGCCACCAUGGAAGCUAACCUUACCCUGGGCAGUGCUGAUAUAUCGUAAUCACCCGAAACCUCAAAUAUAAUGCUUCCUAAAUCGGUAUAUAAUAAGCAAAGCUGUUUAAAUCCCAAAUAUAUGUGAAAUUAAUCCUAGCCGCAUUAUUUGCCAAAUAAAUGAUAAAACUGAUUAAAAACUUGAAACAAGUAAAUAAUAAAUAUAUCUAAAACUAAAUUUCGUGAUUAAAAAAUUGUACAUUUAAAUAAGAAACAUAAGACGUAACAUGUAUGUAUAAUUAAGUUCUUGCUGCCCAUGAUCUUUAAAUAAACAUAUUUUUCUUAGUUAAA